CGCCCACAUGACCGCGCGCGGGGGAGCGAUGGCGGCGAGGCUGGCGGGCUUCCUGCUGCUGCUGCUGGGGCUCGCGGCGCCGGGGCCCGCGCCCGCCGCUGCCGCCAAGAUGAAGGUGGUGGAGGAGCCCAACGCGUUCGGGCUCAACAACCCGUUCCUGCCCCAGACUAGUCGCCUCCAACCCAAGAGGGAUCCUUCACCCGUGUCUGGGCCUGCGCACCUCUUCAGGCUUUCUGGCAAGUGCUUCAGCCUGGUGGAGUCCACGUACAAGUACGAGUUCUGCCCGUUUCGCAACGUGACGCAGCAUGAGCAGACCUUCCGCUGGAACGCCUAUAGUGGGAUCCUGGGCAUCUGGAACGAGUGGGAAAUCUCCAACAACACCUUCAGGGGCAUGUGGAUGAGGGACGGCGACUCCUGCCGCUCCCGGAGCCGGCAGAGCAAGGUGGAGCUUACCUGUGGGAAAAGCAGCCGUCUGGCGCACGUGUCUGAGCCGAGCACCUGUGUCUAUGCGCUGACGUUCGAGACGCCUCUUGUCUGCCACCCACACUCCUUGUUGGUGUACCCGGCCCUGCCCCCUGCCCUGCAGCAGCGGUGGGACCAGCUGGAGCAGGACCUGGCUGAUGAGCUCAUCACCGCCCAGGGCUAUGACAAGUGGCUCAGGGCGCUUUUUGAGGAUGCCGGCUACCUAAAGACCCCAGAACAAAGUGAAUCGGUGCUGGAAGGAGGUGCCAAAGACCCGGCCUUCCAGACCAUAGAGAGCUGCCGUGAGGCACAUAAAGAGCUGGCGAAGGAGCUCAGGAGACUGAAGAGCAUGCUGACCCAGCACGGCAUCCCCUACACUAGGCCUGCGGAGACUUCUAGCUCCGAGCACGUGGGCCCCAAGACACCCCCAGACGGGACAGCGGAGCCACUCCGAGGCGACCCAGGACUGCGUGGGAACACCUUGUGACCCGAGAUUGGCAGGAAGGGGAGGCAGGUGGGGGCCACUUCUUCUGCCUCAGGGCCCCGUGGGCUCUCAGGCUCAGCUCAAAGAG